AUGAAGCGCCAGCUGCGCCGGGAGCCCGCUUGCAUCAGCCGCUGUCGCCUCCUCCUCCUCCUCCCGCUCCUCGCGCUGCUCCUUCACCUGCCGGGCGCCGAGUCCGCCUCGCCCGCCCCCUCGGGGCGCAUCUCGCCGCUGUCGCCCCGGUGAGUCCCCGUCCGCCAGUCGGAGAAUUCUCCUCCUGCUCCGUCCCCUCCAGGGAGGGCGAAGGUCGGCAGCCGUGGGGUGGGGGUGGGGUGGAUGUUUUGGUGCCUGAAAUGGGGCCGGGAGGUGACCAGGAGCCCUACCCCGACGGAGGCCGCCUCAAAGCAGAGCGGAGAGGCCCGCCUGCUCACCCCCAUUUCCUGUCCCCUUGCAGAGAGUGCGGUGGGGCGUGUGGGGAGCCGCUGAGCUGUCAACUUUUCCCUUUACUUGCGAGGAAUCCUAUUCGGAAUAAGGGAAUUUCCCUUAAGAAAAGGGAAACGUUGACAGCUAUGCCCCUCCCUCGCCCCUGCCAGCUGGGGCGGAAUCCCUCUUUGCCCUCCGGGAGGGGCGUGCAGUCCAGUGGAAGGGAGUUCCAGGGACCGGCCCGAGAAGCCGGCUUCUUUCUCAGGCAGAGGAAAGACCCCCGCCAUGGCCGAGCGUGUCCGGGAGCUGCCGCGGUGGAGCGCCUUGCAUGGGGCAGGGAGUUGGGGGGGCUCCAAGAGUUACUCUUGGGAGAAUCGGAUUGCGCCGGUUGGGACCAGCCUAAAGAAAGACCCUUUGCUCGCCCCCCCACCCCUUGCAUUCCACACAGCAGCCCGGAUCUCUCGCCUAAAACGGGGGUGAUGGUCGGGAUACCCCCAAAUAUGCUCAGAUGGGAAGGAAGGAAUGUCCUUCCCCUGGAUUUUGAGGGCUGCGCGUCUGCCCUGGGCUGGAAUGGGGGUGCCAGCCUGCCACCCGCUUCAGCCCUGCGAGGAUCUCCUUUCAAGCUCUGCGACAGCAGAUGGAGGCAAACCUUCGCUAGGCGGUUGUAACAGCCCUGAGACCUGCGGGUUUGGGGCGGCAUACAAAUUGAAUAAAUCAUCAUCUCCAGAAAACAGACAAGGUGCAGAUGAGAUAGAAGCCAUGAUAAAGCAGCAGUAACCAUCCUAGAACCCUGGGACUGUGGAGUUGGAAGGGUCCCGAGGGUCAUCUAGUCCAACCCCUCGCAAUGCAGGAAUCCUGCCCACAGCCAUCCCUAGGUGGGCUUGAACCACUAACCUUCUGGUUAACAGCCAGACGCACUGGCCCAUUGCGCCGUGAUGAAGACGUCCUCUCUGUCAUCCAAGCAGGGGGAUGUGUCCCCUUUAGCAAGGAAUUGAACCAGUGUAGAGCUCCCAUUUGUGAAAAGGUUUGGCAAAGGAAGUUCUCUAGUAGCCCCACAAACACAGAGCGCACAUACAGGCAGGCACAUACAUGCACACACUUGCCUAGGGGUUCCGUUGACAAUGAAGCAGUAUAUAAAUGUUGUCAAAUAAAUUCUAUAUACAAGUGAAUAUGUUGCCUGGGAAAAUGCCUGCCUGCUAAGAGAGAGGGCGGCUCAAGGAAGCAAGCCAAGCUAUACACUGAUUGGGAUACCUCUCUGUGAAAAGGGGGUGGGUGCGCAAACGAGACUUAUGCAGGGAGGGGGCACAUGAGAGAGAAAAUGGGUUUGGGCGAGCUGGGCCUUAACACAAGUACAGGAGAGAGAGAGAGAGAACUGAUCCCUGCUGUGAGGAAAUCGAUCCCUGCUGUGAGUGUCUGGGUCCUCAGAAGUUGCUGACUGAACAGCUGGCAACUGUGGGGGCAUGUGAGUGUGGCAUGACUUGGCACCUUUGGAUGCUUCAACUCCAAGCACCUGGGCAGUCAGAGUGUUUCUGUCAGCCAGGCCGGGAGCAGCUGAGUGGGUGAGGGUUCAGGCCGAAGGGGUGGAUGUCUGGCUCAUCACCUGACCAUCGGAUGGCUGAGGGGAAGUGAACCUGAACGGAGUUGCCCCUGAGCCAAGGCAGCGGAAGGGCAGGCAGGGGUUCAGCGGGCAUCGUUUGGGCUCAGCAGAGCUUGGAGCAGGAGGGCUGGGCACGCUGCUGGCUGCGCUGUGGACUAGAGCUGUUGGCUCUCCCGCUGGGCAGUGGGCAGGCUGCCAGUCCCUGCAGAGAAGGAUGGAGGGUUUUCGGCCAAGGACUGGGGGGUCUCCCCAAGGCUCUUCUGCUGCUGUUGAAAAUGCAGCUCCAGGCAGUGUGUUGACCCAGUGGGGGGUGGGGAGACCCUGCAGACCUUUGACCACUGCAGCCCACGAGUUCUGCUCAGAGGAUGGGGGUAGGGGGCAAGGCAUGGGGGGGCUGGCUUCUGUGUCUUGCUCCCUCCUCUGUCUGUGAGCCAGGGGAUGGGGGCAUCCAGCUGUUUGCUUGGGACCACCGCUGGGCAGUAUGCCAGCAUCUUCUCUGGUCCCUCUAGCCCCUGCUCCAGUGCUAAAGGGGGUGAGCAGCAGGUGGAAGUCCAGGGGAUGAAUGGGAGCCCAGCGGAACCAUUCCUCCCCUCAGCCAUGCAGCAUUGGGAGCCUGGAGAUGGAAAAGCAAGCAAGGCUUCCAUGAAGGCGGGUGGAACAGCUCCCUAUGCAAGAGAAGGCCUGGUCCCCACAAGCGCCUCCUGCCUCCUGCUGUGUUUGCCCAGCAUUCAGCUGUGAUGCAACUGCUGUCUUUGGUUUCAUCCCUCAAUGGCAGAGCAAGAUGGGGAAUGAAAUACAGCCCCACCUGCCCUUCCUCCAGGGAGACCCACAUCGUACCAACUGUCCUGUGAAACAGAACAGCCUAAGGGAGAGAGACUGGUUCAGGGUCAGCACAGCCAAGCAGAGAUUGGAACUGGAGUCUUCCCAGCUGAAAGACAAACUUUUAUUGAGGCACCUACUGCGAAGUGCAAAUUAUGAUUUUUUGUUUAGGUUUGUGGCUCCCCUACAGGCUUCCGGCUGUUGCAUCAGCUCCUGCGGCAUUUUUCCUGUUCAAGCUAAUGGCAAGAGAUGCUGCUUUGCCCGCACCCCAUCCAGGGAUGGCAGGAAAUGCUCAUUUGUGGCAGAUGGAAUCUGCCCAGAGUACCAGGGCAGUUUCCAUCGAGGCUGAUUCAAGGCUAAGCAACAAGGAAGUACUGGGCAGAGGGCAGAUGAGAGAGUAGGAACUGCAAUGAGCAAAGCAGGGGGACAUCUCAGGCAGCGGAGACAUUUCACACCUGGGAGGAUGGUGUCAGGAGAGUUAACGCCCAGGAUGAGUGGAAGGGCUGCAGAGGACAGGGAGCUGGCAGACAGGCUUGUUUGAGCAGGGUAUUUAUAUCACCCUGCUUUGCCACACAGGAUGGCUUACAAUAUAGGUGUUUUUUUAAAAUCCAAAACAAUUACCAAAGUCAUGGUCAGCAGUUUAAAAAUCAUAUUUGGUUGUGACUAAAACAAGGAAUGAAUCACCUCUCUCUCUCUGUCUCUCUCUCUCUCUCUCUCUCCCCCCCCCCCCCCGUGUGUGGGGGUGGGUGGGUAAGGAAGGUGUGGGUGUUUAUGUCUGGAGGUGGGCAAAUGUUGUCUGUCUUCAAAAGGGAAGAGGGGAGCGUCUCCAAAAAAUACUGAAUGGUCAAUACAAGAUGAGUAAGAGGUCAGUCUGUGGCCAUCUAGAAAAUCUUUCUUCUUCUUUGGCGAUCACUCGUAGCCGUGUAAGAUGGUCUUCCAUAAACACGGUUUUAACGAUGAGUCUGUAAGUGACUGUGGAGACUAAUUCUGGAUCCACACGUCCUUCCACAGUGGGGACAUUGGUUUCCGGGCAGGAUGACUAGGAGCCAGAAUGGGUUGAUCAACUGUAUGGCUUGCAAGACCAACCUUCCCUCCUGUCAUUUUGUCUAGAGUGACUAGUCUAGUUGCUUUAUCUUCAAUGAACAUAGUAUAUCUUGAUUUCAGCAAAACAUUUGACAAAGUCUCCCACGUUAUCUUGUUGGCAAGUAGGUAAAAUAGAGGCUGGACAACACUCCUUUGUGCUGGAUCUAAAACUGGCUGAGCAGCUGUGCCCACUGAGUGCCCACGAUGAGUGGCUCUGUGUCGGCCGGCUGGGAGUCUUGAGCUGUCCUGCUCAGCAUUCCUUUAGAUUACUUGGAGUCUGGAGGAUGCUGAUGCCAAGCUGGGAAGGGGAUGAGGACCUCGGAAAACAGAGUAAGGGUUCAAAAGAUCUUGACAGGCUGGAAGACUGGGCUGAAACCAACAGAAUGAAAACCUACAGUAAUAAAUGUAGAGUCCUGCACGUAGGUGCAAAGUAGGGACGGCUCUUGGGCUCUCAAAUUUCAGUGGUGCAACAAUAAAAUUUGGCGCCCCCGUCUCUCCCGCUCCAUUCUACAUCAUUGUUGCGGAGCCCCCUGUGGCGCCAACACCCAGUGGGGCAGAACCAGUUGCGCUACCCUAAAACCACCUCUGUGCAAAGAAUCAGAGGCAUAAGAUGGGGAAACCAAGUGUGCAGAAACGAUCUCGGGGUCUUAGUGGCUCCCAAACCGAAGAGAAGCCGGUUGUGUGAUGUGCCAGCUCAAAAAGCUGAUGCAAUCCUCGGCUGCAUUUGCAGAAGCAAACAUCUCUCUCUCACACACACACGCCCCACAGGCCAGAGGACCAAGGCCUCUGCAGAGUCAGGCAGUCAUCACACCCAGCUGCAGCUGUGCCAGGCGCCCUCACUUGUGGAGGGGAGAGGCAGCUCCUCCUGUCCUGUUACCUGAAACUGUGGUGACGGUUUGGAGAGAGGCUUUUGAACCUGGCCUGUGUGUGGGCUACGGGCCUUUGAUGCAGCUGGCCUCCGCUCCCUCCUUGCUGCCUGCCUGCCAAGCGUACGUGUCCUGUGGCAGGUACAGCUCCCUUGCCUUGCCUGCGCUCCUCCCCGCCUCCCGCCCUGCUCCUUCCCUCUGGCCAUCUCCCAGUCUCUCCCGCCUCCUUCCCUCCUCCAGACCAGUUCCUCUUCCCUGCUGGAAGGAAGCUGACAUCCUUCUCCAUGCCCCAACCUGACACAUGCUCUCUCCUCAUUCAUUCUCUCCCCCCGCCCCAUCCCGCUUCUCAAAUGGAAAAGGUGGCUCAGCAGGUUGCGUCAGGGCUAGGCCACACAUAGUUUCUCUUGUGGUCUGGAAGAGACGGUUGCCGCCGCCCAGAGAGACGUGCUGGCCGUGAUGCCUCUCCAGGCAGCCAAGGCAGAGGGGCCUGGCCUCACGGGGACCAAACGGAGAGGCCUGCCAAGGUCCUCAAGGAGGGACUGCUGGGGUUAGAGGGAGCUUCUGGGCUCAGCUCACGAGUCUCUUCACGGCUGGUGCAGAGCAUGGCCCUCAAGAGAUGACCCCCCUUGCUGUGUCCUGCCCAGAGGUGGGGGGCUGCCCUUCCUGGAACCACCGUCAAGGAAGCAGCUUCUUCCUAUGAGGAUGGCCAGCCAGGCAGGUCUGCCUCUGCUCAGUUACAAAGGCCAAGAGCUGAGCUUUUAACAAGCAUCUGUCAAAAGCAAAAGGCAAGGUUGAAGUCUACCAGUUUCAAGCAAUUAAAUGUUGCUUCAUUUAAAUAUGUAAAAUAUUCCUUCUGCCCCAGCUGACUUCUUGCCACAUUGAUCUGAGCAGGGCCAUAGUUCAGGGACAGAGCACCCGCUCCACAUGCAAUCCGCAAAGGCGCAAGGGCUGCGCAUGGACCUUGCCUGAAACCCUGGAGAGCUGCUGCCAGUCAGUGCGGACAGUACUGAACCAGAUGGAGCAGGGCUCUGACUUGUUAUUCGGCAGCUUCCAAAGUUCCCAACAGGACGUGGGCAGGGGGACCUGUCCCUGGAUUGGGAGCUCAUCUCCUCACCCAAAAGGGGGCUCUGCCCCUGCUUCUCCUCUCCCACGAUCUCAUUCAGGAUCUGGGUCCCCCACAGAGAGGAUUGGGGGGGGAGCCCUUUAAAAAGCGGCUUCCUAUUACAGUAAUUAAUUCUGAGAGAAAACCCAAAUACAGAAGUUUUUAAAUGGGAGUGAGUGGAAGAGCCACAGUUGUCUCCGAGAAUGGCCACCAUCUCCAAUGGCCUGGGAGGCUGCCAUGUCUAUUGGCCAUAAAAGGACACAGCAGGGAGAAGGGGACACAAGUCACAGCUAUACAAGUGUACACAUGUGCGCGCAUGCACACACACACAGCAAGGGUGCCCAUCGUCCCACACUCUGCACAAGCUCCACACACAAAGACCAAGUCAUAUUUUCUGACUCCCAGUACCAGACCUCACACGAGUUUCUCCCAGAAAGAUACCAAGACUGUUGUCCUAUGCCAGGAUUCUUGAGAGCGAGUCACACUGAGCAAAGUGGACUUUAGGAGGGAAUAGUCUGGUUUUCUUGUCUAUGACAUUGGAGGCAAAAGGGUCUUUCUCAGGCAGCCUAUUCUCAAAAAAGUGCAUGUCCCAAAGUGCCUUAUUGUUGCUGCUGUCAGGAUGUGGGGGGGGGGGGAUCCCCAGCCAGAGCCCUGAAACUCAGUGGGGUUGUGGAGAUGGAGAUUCCUUUGGGCUACAGGAAAAUUCGCCUGGGGUGCGAGGCUUGUCCUUCUUUGACCCUGUCUCACGUGUCCAGUGCCAAACUGAUGCACCUGACGGGAGGCUCUGGCAGUGGGGUCUUCCUUGCUGACUUUCAGGGCUAGCCAGGUCCUGGAGAUGCCCAUGCGCGCCUCCAGGUGAGCAUCUGACAAGCUGUUUAGGGGUUGGAAGGUAACCACGGGUACUUUGAAUUGGGCCUGGCACCAUAGUGGGAACCCACAGGUUUCUCUCCCCGAGAGGCUGCGCUGCACACCCACCCAAAUAUGCUGACCCAGAUCUGCAGCCUCCCCCACAGAGCCCUCUUCUUGAGUCAGGCUGGGCUUUGUCUGUGCUUCUUCUGCUCUGACAGGCCUCACUCUCACCCUGCCUGGACCAUCCCAUGGAGAGGCAGACUCGCCUGUGACGAGCACUCCUCCUCCAUGAGAGAGAAUUGUGAGCGCAGUUUCUGGGCAAGGGCAGCCAAGCCGUUUCAAGCAACAUUCCCUGAGCCAACCCUGCGAGGGCACAUGCCGGCUCUGGGCCUGGGCAGUGCAGAAGUAGGUGUGGCCCCUGCACCCCCAGGGACCACACAGGCAGGUGGGGGACAGGCGGCUUUGAUCCCCCUAUAAACAGGCUGUGGCUGCUCCGUGAGCCCGGCUCCUGCAAGUAUUUGUGCUUCUGCUCCAACAUGCCUCUUUCCCUCCUGCUGCCAGCGGAGGGCAAGGGCUCAUGGCACCUCUUCCAUCCUCUCCUUGCAGGAAGCCCUGGGCCAGAAGCCACCCACCAGCCUGGCUGCAGAAGAGGCCGAUGACAGAAGAGCUUUCGGACAAGACGGCCAGAAUGUGGCCGGCCUGGAAGUCUCCCGUGGUGAUGCCAGGAAGCCGGCUUCACCUCUCCGUCCUCCCCAGGCGCAGACUGGAUCCCCAGCAGCCCGGCAGCACCCCCCAGCACCGGCUCCCGUGGGCUCCAGCCCCCCGUCCAAAGCGCCAGGCAGCCCCCCGCCUGCACCGUGCGCAGCUGAUGCGUGUCGGCUGCGCCUUGGGCACCUGCCAAGUGCAGAACUUGAGCCAUCGGCUCUGGCUUCUGAAGGGCCAGUUGGGACUCCAGGAAUCGGCCCCCAUGAACCCCAGCAGCCCCCACAGCUAUGGGUGA